AUGCAGCAAUAUAAGCAACAAGUCAAGGAGCUUAUGAAGCGUAUGGAACGUCUAUUAGAAGAAGAGGAAGCUUUAGAGACAGACAAAGACGCGGUAGAUCAUAGUAUUCAAGUGAUUGCACUUUCUAGUGAGACAGUGUGGCAGAAUCUUGCGGCUCUUCAAGAUUGCCACGUCCUGGUAGACGAGACACUGACGUUGUUCAAGUUGAAGAUCCAGGAGAGUGUUGCACUUGUAACUGCCGAUCCAUCAGUACUCGAGAGGAUGUCGUCCAUCCCCAUAUCAGAAGAGUACAGUUCCUCGGACGACAUGGACGAGACAGACGAGGUGGCAUUUCAAGAUGUUGAACCUGUGAAAGGUCGUAAAGCAGCUGUUGCAUUGAAUAAUGACGUGACAGAGAGGGUCUACCAGGCCUUACAAAAUGAAGAAAAAUUUAAGCAGUUUAAAGCCAAUGCACUAGCAUUUGGUAUGGGCAACACCAUACCUGAGACUUUCUAUACCUAUUUGGCACAAGAGAUUCCAGCACCGGUACUGGAUUCCAUUGUCGUGGAUUUUGCACGAUUGUUACCACAAGUGGGACUGCGAGUACCGCUGUUAAAAGCACAUUACGACCAUAUGAAGAAUCAUCUUGCGAGACCGAGCAUAGCCGUGUUUCGUAACAAAAGUUACAGUCGAGCUGUUACGUUACGAACUUCAACAUCAACAUCAAGUGUAGACGAAGCGGGUAGCAGUAAUGAAGAAGACGAAGAAUAUCCAUCGACGAUUCGACUUCGAUCGUUUAAUCAUCUUGUUUUUGUCAUCCAUGGAAUUGGACAACAUAUUGAUUUUCGUGAUGGAGAAUUCAAGUCAUGGAAUGGAGAAACUGGAAUUGAAGGUGGCAAUCACGCUUUUCGAGAUAUUUUCCGUACGAUGCUAGAAACAACCUUUCAAAAUAUUCCCAUGGCACUGGAAAUGCAGUCAAUUGAGUGGCAUGAAGAUCUUCAUGAACCAACGGGCUUGGACAAUAUUUUUGAUUUGAUCUCUCCGGAAGGAGCGUCCGCCAUUCGUGAAUUCAACAAGGAAACCUUCAUGGACGUGCUUUACUAUUUAUCACCACGGUAUGGUCAACUUAUUGUGGAUUCGGUCACUAAGCAACUCAAUGAAAAGUAUCGUGUUUUUAUAAACGAACACCCGGGUUGGGAUGGCAAAGUAUCAAUAUUCGCUCACUCGCUUGGCUCAAUGAUUUCGUAUGAUAUUCUAACACACAAGUCAGGCGAAAUCGCCAGUAAUGGCGUUCGUUUCCCUGGACUUGAGUUCGAAGUUGACAAUUUUUUCGGAGUCGGUUCUCCGGUCGGAGUAAUGAUUUUGGCGAGAGGAGAUCUCAAUAUCAAUGAUGGAGAGUUUACUCCUGGAAUCAAGAUUCCAAAUUGCCGACGUUAUUUCAAUCUAUACCACCCGAUCGACCCGGUUGCGUACCGUAUUGAACCAUUAAUCAAGCAAGAAAUGCAUGAUAAGGAACCAGUGCAGUUGAUGCAGUAUAGUGCUGUAAAGGAUCAAAGCUUCGGUCAAUUGCAGGAGGUAUGGGAAGGCCUGACUAGCCCGGUGCACGGGUUUCCGUAUCGCCACGACUACGUUAUGCGGCGUCGUAAACGUGAACAAGGUAUGAUGGAGGUAGCUUUCGCUGCUGCCUCCCAUUCGUCGUAUUGGAUGAGCGAUGAUGUUGUCCUCUUUACUCUCAUGCAGUUGUGUGAGCCGGUGGUUGAUAUCCUGCACCGGUACAUGAGUGCAAUGGUCCCUCUACCAAAGCUUGUCAGAAGUAUUGUGGAGCUCACGCCGCACGCGAAGGUAUUAUUAUCUGCGACAGCCCUCGUUCGCGACCGAUGCACGGGUCUAUCACGCGAGCAUAUCGUUUUGAUCGACAAGGAUCGCCUGUUUUUCCUGUCACGACUCAGUGAGGUUGCCUGUCGUCGAAAGUGGCGACUCAAACUCACCGCGAUUACAAGAGCCAUGUAUGGUGACGACCCAUUUAUGAUGAAGAUUGUCACGAGCGAUGCUUCCGCUUCAUCGUCACCAUCCGCUGCAUCGCCAGCAUCGAAUAAUAAUGCUAUCCUUCCUGGCUUACACGUUUUCAAGGCAUCAUCAACGCCGGAUCGUAAUGCAUGGCUGGAGGCAAUCAAUGAGACAGUUGCUAUAGCUGCUGAUGAAGAACGUUUUGGUGGUGAGGUUCCCCGCGAUACUACAAACCUCGUCGAUCUUCCAACUGGAAAGAGCAUAGAUUAUUUCAAUGCAAUCAAGGCUGGUUUUCUAAAAGAAAAAACCGCAAACGGGUGGUACGAUUCGUGGAAUGACCGGUGGCUAGUUCUACAAGAAGAUCAUUUGACGUGCUAUGAAAAUUCACCGAAGCUUGAUUUUGUUGGACAGUUUCCACUUCGAAAGACAAAAGCGUGUUGUUAUGAGCGCGAAUAUCUUAUCCGUGUGGUAGCUCGUCGCGGAGCUGCAUGCGAAAUGCGAGUGCAGAACCAAGAAUCGUUUGACCGUUGGGUAGAAGUGCUUGCAAGAAUUCCCACGGUGGAAAUUAUCCGUCAUGAAGAUUUGUUGGAGAACAGUCCGUCUUCAGUGCUUAUCAUGUCUGAAAACUCGAGAGAGAGCUUUGGUGAAGCCCAAAACGCAGGCCAAGCUGGCGAAUGGCUCAAAACGAAGAUCGAAGGAUACCAAAUCAAGCUGGAUGAGAGUGACCAGGAAUAUGUUGCUUUCGUUAUCCAAGUUGCAUCGUCAACUGCAGGCAACAGCGUCGUUCAACGGCGGUACUCCGAGUUCGCCAAACUGCACCACCAGCUGCGCAAAAUGUUUCAACACGAGCAGAUUCCUGCACUACCUGGUACAAGAAUGUGGAACAAGUUUGAGCCUAACUAUUUAAAGCAGAAGGCUGUCGCACUUCACGGCUAUCUCAACGAGGUAUGCAAAAGAUGUGCGAACACACGUGCAUUACCACUACUUUUGGAGUUUUUAGAGCUCGCACCGCCAGCUUCUUUAGAUGAUCCAAAGACAUCUCCGAAGGAGGAGAACGCAGAAAAAAUGAAUUGA